AUGGAUGAACAAGGAUUACAAACCAACGAGGACCUUGGCCGAGCGUCUCCAGAGUUAUGGCCUGAUCAAAGUGUUUCUGAGUUUAUUUCAACCAGGCAACCGGAUCUCAAUAUUCAUACACCUUCAAAAUAUCGCACAGAUUUAGAUAAAGAGGAUCUUGAGUUGAUUCAUGAUUUUGGGAGCUUGUCCACUCAACAACUCAUGGAUAAGAUUAAACAUUUGCAAAACUUAGCAUACCAAGUUGGUCUCGAGGAAUCUAAAGAGAUGGCUCGCGGGAAAUUCCUUAAUAUUCUUGGAAGGCGAUGA